CGACGAGUUUUGACAUAAAAGACGGCCGCCAUUUUGUUCAAUCACAUUCAUUUGUUUAAUUUUCUACGUAUGCUACGUCGUUUGUGUUAGUUCGGUGCAUUGAAUAAGCUGUUUUUUUUAAUACCUAUAUAACACGCGUAGCCUAGGAAAUGCAAGGUACAGAAGAAGAAGCUCAAGCAAAGUCUCGCAAUGAUGAGGACUCCAUAAAUUUUAGGCCCUCGCCAAACUUCAAGCAUAUGAAAAAAUAUUUAAAAUCCAAAUUUGAAGAAUCUAAUCAAAUGUCAGAACAGUCAUCUCCUACUGAAGUGACCAAUGCAACAAUGCGUACGAACAACCAAGAAGAAGUAAAGAGUAAUGCCAAUGUGCAGCCUCCACUGCCUCCUAAUCCUCCACCACCUGAUACACCACCUAUGAUAAUAAAUUUAAAACAGGAGAUUGUGGAUGAUGAGUAUCAGAACAAUGAUACUAAAUCUCAAGAAUUCAUCCAAACAGAUGAAUUGAAAACAACAAUUAAAACGGACCAAUCGGAAACAGCAGAAGAGCCAAAAGUUAUAAUGUGCCGUAAUUUUGUGCGAGGGACUUGUAAAAAAGGAGCAGCCUGUAUAUUUGCUCACAAAUUAAUUUUAUCACAACUACCUGAAGUCUAUACAUUUUGCCGGAACUUCCAAAAUUCUGCGUGUACUUUCCCAAAGUGCAAGUUUGUACAUGCAACUGUAUUCGAGAAAGAAUACUUUUUCAGAUCAGGCUAUUUGCCUCCACACACAUUAGCACAUCUUAAAGAGAACACUGCGCCACAACCAGUUCCAUCACCACAAACUGAAGAAGCACCUGGAAUUGCACCAGCAAAUGUAUAUCCUUUGGGGUUAGCACCUCCGCCACCACCAUCUAAGCCAUGUGUGGUUCCCACUCAUCUAAACUAUGCAGUUCCUGAUUCGACCUGCAACAUGUACAGGACGCCUGUUAUAGGCCAGAAACGUGAUUGGGGUGGUGAUGAACAUGAAGUCAGCAGCUCUACGGAGGUUCCACUGCUCAGCACUGGUCAGUCUCGCGCAAAGAAGUGCAAAAUGUGCGAAAGUACAGAAAUCAGGGAGGAGUUGUUGAAAAGAAAGGUUGAAAGCCACAAGCAAAAGGUUGAAGAACUAAACCAAAAGAAUAGACUUUUGUGCACGAAGAAUGCAAGAAUAUCAUCAGUUGUUGCGGCUCUCUUCAAGCCGAAAAUGCCAGGGAGUAAUGGUCUAAAUAUCAUGCCAGAAAAAGAGAACGGAUUGAUGGCUACCCCCAACUUCAUGACGUUCCUGGCCAAAAUGCUGUUGAACGCCGAGUCAGUGGUACCACCAGAUGCCUCGUGAUAUAGAUAGGGGUUGGUAACCGAACUGAAUGUAGAUAUAGUAAGUAGGUAUGAACUUAGAAUAAUUAAGAAAAAAUGUAUACAAAGCUGACAAAUGCUAAAACCUUUUUAACUAAUCAUAUGUUUUGUUACAAAUGAAGAAAAAUAUGUUUUAUUGUCACGAUGAAGUUAUUAACUGAAAUGCAGCACGAUUUCAGUACGGCCG